ACGUCACCGACAUUGACCGCGACUACGCGUGUAAACAAUCAGGCUGCAGCAACUGGGGAUCGAAAGUCAGCGUUAAAUUUGGGACCGGAAAAUGGAAGACCUGUGCCGCAUUUGCCGCUCCGCCGAGGUGGACGAGCUGAUUUCGGUAUCCUGCACGGUGGCCUCGCAAAACCGAACCGUCGGCGAAAUGAUCAUCGCCGUGAUGGGUUUGCGCUUCAGCCUGACACAGUACGACCGCAUGCACCGGGUGCCGGGUCAGCUGUGCGAUCGGUGUCUGGCGCGGUUGGACCGCGCGUACGCGAUAUGGAAACGGUGCCGGUUCGCGAGUGGGUUGGCACGGUGCAAGAAGGGCGAGGAGGACGGGUACUUCCGGUGUCGGAUUUGCGCGUCGGGUGACGCCGACGAGCUCAUCUCGGUGACGUACGUGUGCAAGGCGUGGAACGUCCAGAUCGUGACGAUGGUGUACGAGCUGACGGCCAUGCGGUACAAGGAGGGUGAUGGUCUGCCGGCUUAUGUUUGCGCGGAGUGUUUGAAGAGUUUGGGUGUGGCGUACGAGUUUCGGCGGGAUGCUUUGGAGUCGGCGAAGGCAUUUGAGGGGGCGUCGAUUGACAGGUAUCCGUGGCAGGCGAUGCAGUUUCAGGUGGAUCAGCCGGAACGCUUGGUGGUUGAUUUGGCGAGUGAAGCCCAGUUGGAUAUGAAGGGUGGCGUCUAUUGUUCGGUUUGCAGGGCGGUGAUUGCCGCUGAGGAGUUGGAGAAAACAUGCGCAGGAUGUAUGCUGGAGUUUAGCAAUUACGACGCGAUUGUUGGGAAAAUUGCCAACUAUGGCAAGCGUGAGAUCAAAACGGAGAAGGGUAUGGAUGACGGACCGGCUUACGAAUCGGUUGAUGAAGUCGAAGUUGACGAACAGUCGAAGGCAAUCGAGGAUGAUUUGAGCGAAUUCGUACAAUUUAAGCAAGAAGAUUCGCCGCUGGAGUCCAGUGAUGAAGCCUAUCUACCAAAGACCAUUAAGCCACUUCAGAAGACAAAUUUCCACAUCGAGAACACGGUAGAAUCCGUUUGCUGCGUGAUGGGUUGCGUUUGGACCGGAUCGCAGGGUGAGCUGCUGUGGCAUCGGAAGCACCUGCACUCGGAUUUGGCCAAAUUAAAGUCGGAAAGCCAACUGAUGUGUCGCUACUGUGACAGAUCUUUCCCAAGUUUGGGCCAAUUGAACAAGCAUUGCGACCGGAAGCGGUCCAUUUUCAAGUGUCUCUUCAAUGAGUGCACGUUUACGGCGAAAAAUAUGGGCGGAAUCGUGCUUCAUUACGCGAAACACGGGUCGGAUAAACCGGCCAUUGGUCCUCCGGUGAUUGAAGCCCAUCAAGCUGAAAAGCACAUCGCGACGGAACACAUUACGGAGUACGCAUGCUGCGUUACGGAUUGUCACCAAACUGGAACCAUGGACCAGAUACAAUCCCACUACAACAGAAUUCAUCCGGAUGGGAUGGAGUGCAGAAACGGGUCCUAUUACUGUCAGCACUGUGAGCGAACUUUCCCAGAUACGGACACUUUGCGGCACCACUUUCAACGGGAAUCGACGAUGUACAAAUGUACCAUCGAUGGAUGUUGCCUUUCGAGCAAGGUGAAGCAAAUCCUGAUCAAUCACUGCACGGGACCACACCAGAAAGUGUUCAAGAUCAAGCCGGUCAACACCCUUCGGCCAAAGGUCACUCCCCGUCCCGACUUGAAAUGCUUCAAAGUGGUCGGUUGCGUGGACGACUGCAUCGACGUGCUCAGCCGGAAGGGCGAAUGGUGCUGCACCUGUCACAAACUGUUCGCCUCGGAAGAUUAUCUGCGCCAACACCGGGACACAACACACCCCGUCCAACCACCGUCGAUGUUCGAAGAUCAGCACCCUUUCCUGUGCAUGCAAUGCAACGCUGGUUUCUCCGACGCAAACGCCCUCACGGAACACGUGGCUAAAAAUUCUCAACAGAAUCACUACUACUGUCGCGGCUGCAAGUACAUCCUGUGGGAGGGACGGGAGCUGGUCAAGCAUCGCUACCUCGUUCACGGCCAACCUGCGGACGGCGAAGACGACGAAGUAGGCCGGCUGUUCGACGAAGAACCGAUGGGGCCGUUCCGGUGCUGUGGCUGUACGUUGAUCUUCUACUCGGAAGCGGAACUGAUUGAGCACAGGCAGUUGCAGCACGCGACCGUCGAGUCUGUGGCGACGUCGUUUCAGUUCCAGUGUGAGCACUGCCAUCGCGUGUUUGACAAACUGGCGUUGUUCCGGGAGCAUCAGGACAAGUUCCGGAAUUUGCUGUACCGGUGCAAGAUCGCCGACUGCAACUUCCGCUCCGAGAAGCGCCUCACCAUCAAGGAGCACGUUUCGCCCUUCGUCAGCCACAACCGCGUUCCACCGCCGGCCAACAUUAAGCUCUUUCAGUGUUGCGUCGAUGGUUGCUUUUUCGACGACGCCUCCUACUGGACCGUAACGAAACACGUGGUCGCAUCCCAUCCGGAGGUUCGAGCCGCCAACGCUGGCCAGUACCAAGGUUCCAAGUUCAGCUGCCAGGCGUGCGGUAUGGGAUUUGAGGUGAAGACCGCUCGGGAUUACCACGUGAGACGUCGCCGUGACCAGCAGCAGAUGGCGUGUGACCAGUGUCCGCGGGUUUUCGGGGGGAAAAUUGCCCUUUCGGCGCACAAGAUUCGCUACCAUGGGAAUGCCGCUCGGAAGGCCAACGAGCGGUCGAUUUGCAACAUUUGUGGCAAGCAGGUUUCGGUGUACAACAUGAGGGCCCACUUGGACGUUCACAACGACGUCCGACGGUGGCGUUGCACGGAAUGUCCGGCGGCUUUCAACUACAAAACGCUGCUCCAGAAGCAUGCCUUUAGCCACAGUGGCUUGAAUACGGCGGUUUGUCGGUACGGGUGUGGCAAAGCUUAUCGCCAGACUACGGACCGGAAUCGGCACGAAAAGUUGGUCCACCAGAGCGAUCAACCGUUGCCUUACGCGUGUACCGAGUGCGACGCGUCGUUUGUGCGGGAUCGGGACUUGCGGAUUCAUUCGCGGAAGCACACCGGGUUGAAGCUGUUUCCGUGCGAGCGGUGCGGGGCCAGUUUCGAUCUGCUGCGAGAGAUUGAGAGCCACCGGGAGGAGUGCGUUGGAGAGCAGCUGGAACCGGAUAUGGAAUACGUUGAGGAGUAUGUAGUUGCUGAUUAGAAUUACGGACAUGCUGUUGGAAAUAGAUAGAUUGUAGAAAAUAGUG